AUGGGUAAUGAUAUUGAGAAAGGCAAUAAAAUUUUGGUUCAGAAGUGUGCCCAGUACCACACUGUGGAAAAGGGAGGCAAGCACAAGACUGGGCCAAAUCUCCGUGGUAUCUUUGGGUGGAAGACGGGUCAGGCAACUGGCUUCUCUUACACACAGGCCUAUAAGAACAAAGGCAUAACAUGGGGAGAGGACACACUGAUGGAGUAUUUGGGGAAUCCCAAGAAGUACAUCCCUGGGGGGGAAAAAAAAAUCUUCACCUGCAUUAAGAAGAAGGAAGAAAGGGCAGACUUGAUAGCUUAUCUCAAAAAAACUACUAAUGAGUAA